AUCCUGUUAAGCAUACUUUGGAAACAUGAUGGCCUGUCAUUUAUCAGAGUCGCUGUUCGAGAACAUUUUGUCCUGCAACAAUAUUACGGAUAUUCCGAAACCAAAUGUUUUAAUGCAAAAUGGCACACUUUGUUUAAUAAAGUGUGACAAUAAAGAGGUGCAACUGAAUCAAGUUCUUUGUUCAAAUGGUAGUUGGAUGCCACGGUUAAAUGAGAGAGAUUGCAAGAAGCGGAUCACAACAAGUUUAGAUCGUAAAAGGCGAAACAUUUUUCAAACUAUAUUUCGAUUCUUUGCAUGUCUGUUUAUUUGGAGGAUGCCGCCGAGAUAAUACUCCGCCAACACUUAAUUGUCCACCACCACCGCUAACAUUUACGGCGGACAAAGGACAAGUUUAUACGAAGGCAACAUGGACAGAACCGACAGCUAGAGAUAAUCGUGGAAACAGUCUCAGGGUAAAUAGAAGAUCAGGACCUGUUCCAGGACGUCAUCUUUCCGGAACAUCAGUUGUUGAAUAUUAUGCGACAGAUUCGUACGGAAAUUCGGGUUAUUGUAAAAUUACAAUUGAUGUGAAAGUUAAAAAAUGUCAAGGGCCUAAGAAAAUUAACAAUGGCUACUUCAUAUGCCAUCCUAGUAGUGAAAUGAUCUAUGGAACGACAUGCCGCUACGGAUGUUACAGCGGAUAUGAAAUUGCUGGAAGUGCUCACGAACUAGAAUGCAGAAUAGACAAAUCCUGGUCUUAUGACACUCCUUACUGUAAAAAGAUAACCUGUCCAGCCUUACCUUCAACUGAAGGCAAGUUAUACAGGACUUGUACUGACAGGAACAGGUUUGGGAGUAUUUGUAUCUAUACAUGUUCAGCGGGUUACGAUAUUCCCUCAAAUAUGAACAGGAUUCGAAUUUGUGGAGCAGACAGACGUUGGCGAGGAGAGGAACCUGUGUGCAAAGAUACUGAACCUCCCAAAUUUCAAAAUUGCUCAAAUGUGGUGGAAGGAUAUGCUGAUAGAAAUUCCACGAAAGGAACCAUUUUCUGGAGUGAGCCUACUGCUACUGAUAACUCCAACGUAGUGUUCAUUCAUAAUUACAGUUCUAUCUCUAUCGGAAGUAUAAUUGAGGCCGGGGUUUACCAAGUGGUAUAUAUGGCCAAUGACACCGAAGGAAAUAGUGCAGUCCCUUGUAAAAUGAAGAUAAUUAUGAAAAUUCUAAAGUGUCCCAGAAUGUUUGAAAAACCUUAUCAAAGAAUUAUUUGUGAAUCUGGAACUAAGUAUGGGAGUAUAUGCAGAUUUGAAUGUGAUUAUGGUGCUGUUCUCAAUGGAACCAAGGCGGUCAGCUGUGAAAAGUCCUCAACUGGGAACUUUGCCAUGUGGUCAUGGGGUUCAAGCCAAUUGCCAUUUUGUGAUGUUCUUAUAACAUGUCCAGAAAUUAAACAAAUCCCGAAAAAUGGGGCACUUGUGUGUGACAAUUGGCUCGGUGGGCAAUUCUGUCGAAUGUUUUGUAAGGCUGGCUUUGAUGUUCAAACAAAUUUUCGCCUAGAAGAUAUGUUAGUUUGUGGAAUGUCUUCAGAUAAAAUGAAACAAGGGAAAUGGCUACCUGUUGGAUCUCUUCCGUUACCAGACUGUGCAAAAACACAUCAUCCAACGGGUGGAAGGCUCGUGAUGCAUGCAAAUUUCUAUUUUGCUGGAGAUUGUACUGAUGAAGCAGUAAUUGAAGAGAUAAAAAAGAAGUUUAUCGAAGCUUUCAAGGAAUCUCUUUAUCAAGAUGCCUGUUUUAUCAAUGCAAAAGACUGCACAGUUCAAAACGUCAAGGUUCGAUGUGGAUUAACAGAAAGAAAAAGAUCAUCUGAUAUUGGAAUAGAUUUUGAGAUUAUCGCAGAACUGGAUUCAACAAACUUUGAAGAGACAUUCAGAAAUUUUAGCCAAAGUUCUUCGAUCGUCACGGAAAAACUAGAAGAAAUGAAAAGGGAGGGAUAUUUAAAUUUAACUCUUCCAGAUGGAGGUGUAUUGGUACCCGAAGAUUUCUCUGCACAGGAGGUUACUUUGGCUUGCUCCAAUAACACAGUUCCGUCGUUCAGGACGCUUUCAUGUGUUGAAUGCGCUCCAGGAACAUAUUUUGACAAUAAGACCAGGAAUUGUCCCCUUUGUCCGAAGGGCCAUUAUCAACCAAGCACUGGUCAAAAUUCCUGCAUAGUAUGCCCACAAUUUCAAACAACGCGUAUUAAGGGAGCACAAAAUUUGGAUGAAUGCACAGAGGCAUGUGAACCAGGUAGUUGGUCGUUAGAUGGCACUCCCAUAUGUUCUUUGUGCUCCGAGGGAUCCUAUAAUGAAGAAUAUGGCCAAGACCAAUGUACAAAGUGCCCUUAUUCCCAAACUACACAAGACGAGGGCUCAAAAACGUCAACUGAUUGUAAAGAUUUUGAUAUCGUCUUAUUGCAUAACACAAGCACAAUAAGAACAGAAUUUGCUGCUUCCAAAACGUUUGUGAAAUUUAUUUUGAAAAUGUGGAUUUAUAUUGCUGGUGACGAAAGGUUAAUAUUAACUCUAGAGAAUCAAAACUCUUCAAUAGACCUCAAUAUGAUCGGGGGUCAGAUCUCUGAAACAGGGAAAAUACGCAGAUUCAAGCAUGUAAAAGUAAUGUACCGAACAGAAAAGUUACAGGAAGCCUCCUUUAUCCCCUACAAAAAGGAUUGCAUAGAGUGUGGUGCAUAG